AGGAUUACGCAGCGCAGUCCGUGCGUGUGGAUCAAACUGCGCUCUGCUUACUGCCUCUGUCUAUAAACACGCAAGAAAAAAAACAAGCGAAGCAGACAGAGACUGAAAUAAGAGUGAUGGGGGACUGACUGCAACAUUCUCCGGACCUCCGUCAAGCAGAAGACCCCCAGGAUGCUGCUGCGCUCCAGUCCGCGGUGCGGCCACCUGCAGCGGGCCUCUAUGCUGCUGCUCUCCGCCGCUCCGCUGCUGUUUCUGCUGCUGCUGAGCUUCAUCCCUGUCAGCGCCAGCUUCCCAGCUCACAAUAGAUGCCCUUCACCGUUAGACUGUGCCCAGCAAAGACGCCACCACUGCCAGGUCGGCUCGUCUCACUGCGGCUCCUGCCUCUCCCCCUAUCGAGAGAACGAUAACGGACGCUGUGUUCUGAUGAGGCGCCAUAAAAAUGGCAAAGUGACGACCUUCACUGAUCAGGAAGAAGAAAUAGAUUUCCUUCACUCCUUUAUAGAAAAGCAGGAAGAGUCGAACGUUAAAACAACUAAAAUUCAACUGCAAAAAACUGCCUCCAGUUCUUCCCAUUCGGAUCCUAAGGACAGCAGAACAGGGACAUCUGAACAGAGAUCCCGGAACCAGGACCAACAGUCGGGGAAAAUCCCACGUAGCACCACAGCAGUUCCAGUCCCCGCUGGAACCGCCUCUCCUAACACGCUUCGACCUGAGCCUGGGGUCACCGGAGCUGAUGGCCGCUAUGGUCCUUUAAUUGUGCACCAUCCUGAUAAUGACACCAUCUUUGUCAUUGUAAUCUCACUGUGUGUUAUUGUGGGCACCGUGGCUGUGAUCUUGGCUUCUGUCUGUUAUGUCAAGCUGCGUACAGACUCGCAUCUAGCAGAGAAAGUGGAUUAUCCUGCUUUCAAAGGACCAAGCCUUCCCAACACCAAAGCUAACAGUUCUAUGGGGGAUAAGACUCUGGCUCAGAGUGCUCAGAUGUAUCACUAUCAGCACCAAAAACAGCAGAUGAUAUCAAUGGGAAACCACAAACCAGAACAAAAAGGUGUUGACACUGAGGCCACAUCAGAUGAGGAAGAAGUGGCAGGAGGCUUCACAGUAUACGAGUGCCCUGGACUCGCCCCGACCGGUGAGAUGGAAGUGAAAAAUCCUCUGUUUGACGAUUCACCUCCAGAAUAUCAGGAGACUCCUAAGUGAACGAUCAACACCACGGAAACACUCACACAUACAUAGAAAUUUCUCUGCAAGAAAGUUCCUCUUUUCCUCUCUGCCUGCAUGGAAACCAAGAAUGAUGUUGUCGAAAUGAUUGUUUUAUCUUCCGCCUUUUAAAAUAUUGGCCCAUAUUGGCUUUUUAAUGCUACUGAUGUAUAAUGGGUUCCUUGUUAAUUUAUUUCUGUCCCUCCUUCUUUUAAUUUAAUAUUUGUUGAUUUAAGUCUAAGUCAAGCUAGUGUUAGUGUUUGGUUCUGUUUUAGUGUUUGAUUCUGAGUUUGUGUUUUUAUUUUUGCAGCUACUUCCAAAGAGUACUAUAACAGAUAAUAUAUAACAUAUAA